AUGAUAACACCUAUUUUUAAAUAAAUACAUCCUGUAGAUUUGAAAUUUGCCACUGCAAACAGAGAAAUAGAUGAAUUUUAUGUGAUUCCUACUCCUUUUGCUUACAAUGAUUUAAUUUUUCAGAUUGAAUGUCAGUAUUGGACUACUUAUGGUUUAAUAAAGGGGAAUUUGGAAUUCAAUAAAACCAAAAUAUAGUUCAUUGCAAAUAAUAACGAUGUUAUUGACACCUUGGUGAGAACAACGACAAAAUAAUCGAAAGAUAUUAAUGAAGAGAUAAUAUAAAAGUUUUCGUUUACGAUACUAUUGGAGGAUAUCUAUUCAAUUAAGAAUAGAGAUGAUUGGGUUUAGUUUUAUCUAUUUGGUAAGACUGGGAUAGAAUUGCCAGUUUUGGAUCAUGAAAAUAAACCAUCAGUUUUAUCAAUAACUUUAUUGUUAAAUUAAAAAUGUCCAGAUGAUAUCAUUUAACUAAUAAAACAGUUGACAAACAACCAAGAAAUUAGAUCUGUAUGUCAAAGCGACUAAGUUCAUCAUCUGAUGAAUUACAUUUUAAAAUUGAAUCGUUAUCAAACAAACAAAAAGACAUUCCGAAAGAUCCUUCACUCCUAUUAACAUCAUCAAGAGAAAACCAAUUAGAUGGGAUGCUUAUCCCAAGUCACAUAUUACGAUAUCAUAUCUAUCUAAAAAUUAGAUGUAGAACACAAAUACGAUACGUAUCAAAUUCGAUCCACAACUCUCAAUAAGCCAAGUAGCAUUAUUUCCUAAUCUCAUUUUGAGUAAUUGCAAAUUAAUUUGCCAUAGAAUGUGAUCGACAAUCCAUGGUACCAAGUAUUUAAUCCGAAGUAUCAUGGCAAUUCAUUUUAGGAGUUUUUGAGAAGAACAAAAAAUGUGAAAGAACAUCUACUAAUUGUUAAAGAUGAUUGGGAUGUUAUAUUUGGGGCUUAUUUGGAAGAGGGGUGGCGUAUUGAUAAGAAAUAUUAUGGAAGUGAACAGAGCUUCAUAUUUAGUUUUAAGAACAAUGGGUUUAGAAUUUAUAAGAAUAGUAAGAUGAAUGAGUUCUUUCAAUUUUGCAAUUAGGACGGGUUUAUUGUAGGGGGUCCAGAGGAGGAGGACCAGUUUUCAAUAAAGAUCAAUCAGAAUUUCUUGAAUGGGGAGUUAAAUAGCAGUUCGACAUUUAGUAAUGAACUACUUUCGAAGCAAAAUUAAUUCAAGAUACUGGAAUUUGAAAUUUGGGGAGUUCAAUAAAAUUGUGAGUUGAUCAUGAGACAAUUGAGAUUGGAGAGCUAUUUGAAGAUUGAAGAAUAAUGA